AUGUCUCAUUUGCUUAAUGUUGUUGCUUGUAAUGGCCUAAUCCGGUUUCAUCCUAAAUGCAAACGUGUCUCCCUCACCCAUCUUAGUUUUGCUGACGAAUUGCUUAUUUUCUGUUAUGGUGACGAGAGCUCUAUUUUGGGUGUUGUUGAGGUUUUGGAGAUUUUCUAUGAUUUGUCUGGUCUUCAGCUUAAUACUGGUAAAUAUGAACUGUUUGCUUGUGGGGUACAAAAUGAUAUCUUAAGUAGGAUGCUGGCAGUAACUGGAUUUAAAUUAGGAAGACUCCCUGUUAGGUACCUUGGGGUGCCUUUAGUCACUAGAAAAUUAGCUGUCAAGGAUUGCAUUCCUUUGAUUGAUAAUAUUAGAAGUAAACUGAACAUAUGGCAGCUGGUUCUGCCAAAUGAGGUCAUUAGGCAGGUUGAGCAGUUUUGUAUGAGAUUUUUUUGGAAGGGUGGUGACAUUCCUACUAGGGGGAACAUCUUAGCUAAUGCAUGGUCACUUUGGGUGGUCUGGAUCAAAGAAUAUGCUAUGAAGGAGACUGCUUACUGGGAAGUCAGUCCUAAACCUCAGUUUAACUGGAUUUUAAGAAAACUGCUUAAGCUUAGGAAUAAAGCUGUUGUCUUAUUUGGUAGUAUAGUGGACUGGAAUAUGGUUAAAAGUAAAUGGGUGUGGGAAAGUUAA